AUGUGGUUCAUUCUAUAAUUCCUAUAAAUUCACAUCGUUUCAUCAUUAGAAACUGUGAUUCAAAUCUCAGAAAAUGCAAAAACUUGGACAGACGUCCAAAUGAGUUCCCCAAACAAUACUUAUAUACUAAAUAUAGAGAAUACAGUAACAUUUCCCUAUUAUGCCAUUAAUGUUGAACUGCACAAGCAAGAUGACACCUUUUCAUUGCACUACGGAAUCGGCAAACCCCCUGAAUUUAGUUUAAAUUUAUCUGAAAUUACAGAAGUGUAAGGAUUUGAUAUAUACGGGUAUCUUGAAAAUAGGUUUACUCAUUUCAUCUUGUUGUCCAGUGAAGAUUUCCAUCAAAAAUAAGUUUAUAUAUCUACUUCUUCAGAAUGGACCCAAAACUACAAUAUUACAGUUACUGCCACUUACGAUAAACUGUGUCCAAACAACUGCACCAACCAAGGCAGUUGCUAAGUAUUCAAUAAAUUAUCUAUGAAGGAUGGAAAAUGUUUAUGCAACAAGAAUUAUAUUGGAAAUGAUUGUCGUUAGCCGGCAACUUAUAUUGAAUAAAAUAAAGAGAUGUUUCUUAACUUAGAGAACACUGUAAAGUAUGCUUACGUAGAUUUAGAAGAAAGUGAAAACCAAACCAUGGUUCUAAUAGUACAAACUAACAGUUCUGAGGGAGUAGAUCUAUAUAGAAUGAAAACUAGAGUUCUUUACAUUCCUGCUUUAGAGGAUUUGAAUGCGAAAUAUUACGAUCAACUAGUAUAUGGCUAUGAAGUCUCAUCCAUGUACCCAAUCGAAUUUGAUUUAAAAGACAGAAAUGAUGUCAGCACUCAAAUUCAAAAACGAGUCAGAUUCAUAUUCAAAUAGAAGUCUCUUAGAGAAUAACACAUCCAAAUUUCUUUGGAUCUUAUUAAUCAACGAACCCAAAAUACAAUCUCAACUAGUACAGUAAUAAUCAUAGUUGCAUCGACUGCUGGGAUUAUCAUGUUCAUAAGUAUAUCAUUUGCUGUCGGCAGAUACUUCAGAAAUAAGAAAAUUAAAGAAACCUUGGCUGCUUUGGCCGUGAUAAGAUAGAUGCAACAGGAAAAAAAAUACAGUGCAAAAAGCUUUGAUGAUGAAAUCUUAGAGCAACUCCCCCAAAUUCAAAAUGAUCAUAUCAAAAACACAGAUGUCUGUCCAAUUUGCCUAGAUCUUUACAUCAAUAAACCAGAUCUCAGAUCUACUAAAUGCAGACAUUUAUUUCAUAGGGAAUGCAUUCUUUCUUGGAUCUAUAUCAACAAAAACUGUCCCACCUGCAGGAGUGAUCUAAAAAUACAUAUGAAUCACAAUAGAAACCAAUAACAGUGA